CCAAGCGCAGCCGCAGCAGCCAAAAGCGCCGCAGCAGCCCCCGCAGCCGCCCCGGGGCCAGAUGAGCCGGGGGGCCUCCAGGAGCUCCAGUCCGGGGGCGGGCGGGGGCCACAGCACCAGCGGAAGCACGAGCCCGGCCACUACGCUCCGGAGAAAGUCCGAUGGGGAGAACUCCCGAACAGUCAGUGUGGAGGGCGAUGCCCCGGCCAGUGAUCUGGGCGUCGGGGCCGACAGUCCGGAAAGCCAGCCCCCCUACCGUUGCGGGGGCAGUGCUGUUGUCAGCGAGUUCGCCAAGUUGUCGGACCCCUAUGAGCUGCCCCCGGCUGCCUGCCAUGUCCACAUGCCUGGUCCGUCUGCUGCCACUGGCCUGCCCUGGGCCCAGCGGGCUCGCCUCCAGCCCGCCAGCUUGGCAUUGCGAAAGCAGGAGGAAGAGGAGAUGAAGAGGUCCAAGGCUCUGUCUGACAGCUAUGAGCUCUCCACAGACCUGCAGGAUAAGAAGGUGGAGAUGCUGGAGCGGAAGUAUGGUGGCCCGUUUCUUAGUCGGCGGGCAGCGCGCACCAUCCAGACAGCCUUCCGCCAGUACCGCAUGAACAAGAACUUUGAGCGGCUGCGGAGCUCGGCCUCGGAGAGCCGCAUGUCCAGGCGCAUCAUUCUGUCCAACAUGCGCCUGCAGUUCUCCUUUGAGGAGUAUGACAAGGGCCAGACCGCUCCUUACUUUGAGGGCAAGCCAGCCUCCUUGGAUGAGGGCGCCAUGGCAGGGGCCCGGGCCCAUCGGCUAGAGCGUGGUCUCCCCUAUGGUGGUUCCUGCAGUGGCCUGGAUGGAGGCAGCUCUGUCACCACCUCGGGGGAGUUCUCCAAUGACAUUACUGAGCUGGAAGACUCCUUCUCCAAGCAGGUGAAGUCCUUGGCAGAAUCGAUUGAUGAGGCCCUGAACUGCCACAGUCUUCGGGGAGAGGAGGAGGAAGAGGAAGAGGAGGAGGAGGAAGAGGAGGAGGAGGAGGAGGAAGAAGAAGAGGAGGAGGAGGAAGAGGAGGAGACAGUAGAACCGGGGCGAGUGGAGGUCUCGGGGCCCCUCCCAGAGCAGGCAGAGGCCCGGGACCACCACGGGGACAGCACAGGCACUUCCUUCAGUGAUGUCACCCUCUACCUGGAUGAAGCCACUGGGCCUGUGUCCCCUCUUUCCCCAGACCACCCAGCCAGCAGUGGUGACACUCCACAGCCGUCUCUGCCGCCACCCCCGCCGGGGGCUGCCAGUGUUCGGGAGGAGGACAUGGGGGCCCGCCGGGGCCCCCCUUGCCUUGAAUGCAGGGACUUCCGCCUGCGGGCGGCCCACCUUCCGCUGUUGACCAUCGAACCACCUAGUGAUAGCUCUGUGGACCUCAGUGACCGCUCUGACCGGGGCUCUAUUCACCGGCAGCUGGGCAACUAUGAGGCUGGUGGGACUGGCAGCCCCCAUGGGACCUUGCAGCAGCACCCGGAGCCACCACCACCUGGGAGACCCCCUCACCCCCUCCGCCACUACCCAGCCCCUGAGGCUAGUGGCCUGGGGCCCCCACCACCCCCACCUGGAAGCUCUGCCCUCAACAGUGGUGGUCCCCCUGGAAGUGGUGGCAGCCGAAUCCUCCUGGGCAAGUGUGAGGCCGGCACGGCUCCGGUGGCUGCUGGCAGCAGCGGUGGCGGCGGCGGUGGCGGCGACAACUCUGACGGGGAGCCUGACAGUUUGAACAGCACCACCAACUCAAAUGAGACCAUUAACUGCAGCUCAGGAUCUUCGUCACGAGACAGCCUGCGGGAGCCGCCUGCCCCGCUGGGCUCCCAGACUUAUCAACGGGAGACCAGGCACAGCUGGGACUCACCAGCCUUCAACAAUGACGUGGUCCAGAGACGGCAUUACCGCAUAGGCCUCAACCUCUUUAACAAGAAACCAGAGAAAGGCAUCCAGUACCUGAUUGAGCGUGGCUUCUUGUCGGACACACCUGUGGGGGUAGCCCACUUCAUCCUGGAGCGGAAGGGCCUGAGCCGCCAGAUGAUUGGGGAGUUUCUAGGCAACCGGCAAAAACAGUUCAACAGGGAUGUGCUCGACUGCGUGGUGGAUGAGAUGGAUUUCUCCUCCAUGGAUCUGGAUGACGCUCUGCGAAGGUUCCAGUCCCACAUUCGAGUUCAGGGAGAGGCCCAAAAAGUAGAGCGGCUUAUUGAGGCCUUCAGCCAGCGGUAUUGUGUAUGCAACCCGGCCCUUGUGAGGCAGUUCCGGAACCCAGAUACCAUCUUCAUUUUGGCCUUUGCCAUCAUCUUGCUCAACACAGACAUGUACAGCCCCAAUGUAAAGGCUGAACGCAAGAUGAAGCCUGAAGACUUCAUUAAGAACCUCAGAGGAGUUGACAAUGGAGAGGACAUCCCCCGGGACCUGCUGGUUGGCAUUUACCAGCGCAUCCAGGGCCGAGAACUGAGGACCAAUGAUGACCAUGUAUCCCAGGUGCAGGCUGUGGAACGCAUGAUCGUAGGCAAGAAACCAGUCCUCUCCCUGCCCCACCGGCGCCUGGUCUGUUGCUGCCAACUGUAUGAGGUACCUGACCCCAACAGGCCACAGAGGAUUGGUCUUCACCAGCGUGAAGUCUUUCUCUUCAAUGACCUACUUGUGGUCACCAAAAUUUUCCAGAAGAAGAAGAUCCUGGUGACCUACAGUUUCCGCCAGUCCUUUCCCCUUGUUGAAAUGCACCUACAGCUCUUCCAGAAUUCAUAUUACCAGUUUGGCAUCAAACUGCUUUCUGCAGUGCCAGGUGGGGAGCGGAAGGUGCUCAUUAUUUUCAAUGCGCCCAGCCUCCAAGACCGGCUUCGCUUCACGUCUGACCUCCGAGAGUCCAUAGCUGAAGUACAAGAGAUGGAGAAAUACCGUGUGGAAUCGGAGCUAGAGAAGCAAAAGGGGGUGAUGCGCCCCAACACCUCCCAGCCCACUGGCUCCAAGGACGCAGUCAACGGCACACUGCCCCGGUCCAGCCUGGAGGAUACAUAUGGCCUUGGUGAUGGUCUGAAGCGGAGCGCCCUUAGCAGCUCCCUACGUGACCUCUCUGAUGCAGGGAAGCGGGGGCGACGUAACAGCGUGGGAUCAUUGGACAGCACCAUCGAAGGCUCUAUUAUUAGCAGCCCCCGCCCACACCAGCGGAUGCCUCCGCCCCUGCCUCCAGCGCCACCGCCACCCGAGGAAUAUAAGACACAGCAGCGCCCUGCAUCCAACUCAUCCUCCUUUCUGGGCUCACUGUUUGGCAGUAGAAGGGGCAAAGGCCCUUUCCAGACCCCUCCCGGGCCUACGUCUGCCUCCUCCUCCUCUGCCUCCUCCUCUCACCACCAUCACCACCACCACCAUCACCACCACCACCCCCCUCCGGCUACAGCGCCCCAUCACCCCCCGGCAGCGCCAGCCCCGGCCCCACACCACAUACAUGCUGACGGCCCCUCCAAGCUUCAGGCCCUCCAUGCCCAGUACUGCCAUGUGCCUGGGGGACCGGUCCCACCUCCCCCACCCUACCACCCCCAGCCUGCCCCACCCCCACCCCCACCUCAGCCAGCCCCUCUGCCCCAGGUGGGCACCAUCCCACCACCGCCUGCCUCGGCGCCCCCUGUGGGGCCACACCGUCACUUUCUAGGUGGGCAUGGGCCUCAGCACUUCACAUUAGGCCGGGCUGGGGGCCGAGCCAAACGAGGAGCAGCUGGGGCAGCCUCCAUGGGGGGUCGCUACCCACUGCACCAACCCACUUCGCCCCUGCCCCUCUACAGUCCAGCCCCACACCACGGCUUGGUCCACCAUGCGUAUCCCCCACCAGGUCCACCACCACCCGGUGUCCACCAUGUGGCCAGUGCAUCCAAGCAGGGCCCCAAGCACUUUAUCUUUGGUGGGCACCCCCCACCGAUGAUGUCCCGGUCAGCACCUGGAGGGCCCUAUGGGAGUGGAGGAGGCGGCGGGGGCCACUCGGGCCCAGGGCACCCACCCCAGUCACCGCUGUCGCCUCACUCACCUGUGAUACCACCUCACCCUUCAUACCCACCACUUCCUCCCCCCCCCCCAUACCCACUUACCCCACAUUCACCUGCACCACCCACCUCUCCCCACCCACCACCCCACAGCCACAGUCAUGGCCACCCCCAUGGUCAUGGCCAUGGUCCUGGGAACCCUAAGCCCAAACCAGCAAGUAGGAUCAGCACUGUUGUUUGAAUCAUACGCGGAACGUCGGCUCACCCUGCCUUCUGGGUUGGCCUUGGAUACUCCUAGGACACGUUUUGCCUGCCCUUCGUAAAAAAAACAAAAACAAACAAAAAAAACCCACAUCUGUGUAUAGAGAACUCAAGAGAUGUGGCCACCGACUGACCCUGUCCCUGGUCCUACUCGGGGGGGGGCGAACCCCUACUUCCCCUCCCUGGGCUUCUGUAAGAUGAGGGGGCUACUUCCAGAGUUCCGGGCUACAGUCUUAUUCCCCACCCCCCAAACGAGGCUCAGUUUCUCCUGUAAAAACAAGAAGGCUCACCUGGAUGGCUCUAAAUCAAUGUGGCAUCAGCCUAGGAUCUUUACCUUUACAUUUCUCACAGUUCUCCUCAGGGGCUUAGGGCUCCCCCCAAAACUACCUAAUCACUGAGCAAGAGCUAUGGGGGGGCUGGUGGGGAAGGAGGAAAGUCUCCCAUCCCGCGCUCCCUGCAGCGCCCAGCGAGUCAUGGGAGAGUUUUAGCCAAGGACUCAUCUAGCUCUGGAGAUUGUGUGACCUGAGGGAGAUGAUCUCUACUUCACUAGCUGGGGGAUGUCUGAGGCCUCCUCAUGCCCCAGGGCCACAGAGAUUCAGGGCUCAGCCCCACUCCCCUUCUUCUUGUGGAGGGACUGGGUACAGGAAGCAAGGGGCUUGGCAAGAGCUAAGGGCUGCAGGGUUGGAGCUGGGCUGACCUCCUGCUACUUGGAUCCCCCUCUUCUUCUGCUUUUGGGCCUGCCCUUUCCUUCCCAAUCUGCCUCCUCUGAUCUCAGAGCUCGGGGAAUAUCCUUCCCCACCAGUUUUCCCCUCCUCACCCAGAGUAGAAAUCCUGAUUUAUGCUGAUCAGGAAGAAACACUGAACCCCACUAUUUCACGUCUUCCCUAGCUCUCACCCCCUCCCCAUGAGCCAAUGCACUUUAUAGGCGGGGGGGGGGAAUGGAACUGCAGUUCCCCCCUCCAGUGCUGGGACAGGGCCUCUCAGAGACCCCCCCCCCCAGCAUAGGCUCCUGGGAGAGUAGAGUGAGUGUGUGUGUGUGUGUGUUUUGGGGGGUGGGGUGGGAGAUGGCUGAAGCAAGGUCUGAGAGUCCUAACAGACUGGGCAAGACUGGGCAGGCCAGGCUAAGGUAGGGCUGGGCUGGGCAGAAGGGGAGAAAAGCAGAGCUCCAGGCCCAAGCUCACCCAGUAAAGGCCCUCUAAGGAGUCAUGGCAGUCCUUAGCUUUUCAGCUUGGAUGGCCUUGGUCCUGGCUGCCUCCUCCAUGUGUCUAUUAUAAAUUGAUUUUGUACCAAACCCGGCACCCAGCUCGCCUCUUGCUCCCUUUCUGCCCGCAUGUCCUUGCAGUCCUCGCCAAUCUUCCCUGCCUACCUGGCCCCAGUUGCCUACAGGGAGUGGACAAGGGGCCCAGUCCCUUCUCUGCACAGAUGGGGCUGGAAAAGUGCUGGGCCAAAGCCUAAGGGAGGGGCCUCAUUGUCUUGGUUGGGCCUGGUCUGUUCUUUUUCUUCUCUUUGUUGUACAUAAGAAUGUAUAUUUGAUGUCUUAUAAAUGCCCCCGUCUUUGGCCUGUG